AUGACCUGCCUCCCACGAUCCUUGCAAAAGCCAAGGUGGCACAAAAGAAUCGCAAGUACGGAGAGCUGCUUGACCUAUUCAUCGAAGCCGGGGAGAGCUGGGCGAAUUGCACUUUGGUGCAAACAUCGUCGAAUCAGGAUCGGCAUCGUGUUACCGGAGGGUCAAAGUACAGACGCUUCAAGGACAUUGUCAAAGAUGAGGGGGAGGAAGCGGCUACACUCUUGCGUGACAUGA